UGUAGACCUGGUAACAUGUCUGAUAGUGAUGAGUGUCCUGUCUGUCCUGUCUGUCCUGUAGACGUGGUGACAUGUCUGGCUCUGGACCUCUGUGGUAUCUACCUCAUAUCUGGUUCCAGAGACACAUCCUGUAUCGUGUGGCAGGUUCUACAGCAGGGUGAGUUCUCCAGUGGUCUCUCUCCUCGUCCAGUGCAGGUCCUCUGUGGACAUGACCAGGAGGUCACCUGUGUGGCCAUCAGCACCGAGCUGGACAUGGCUGUCUCUGGGUCAAAGGAUGGUACUCUGAUAAUCCACAGUGUACGUCGUGGCCAGUUCCUCCGUACCCUGCGUCCUCCCGGUGAGAGCUGCCUGCCAGCCCGGGUCACUGAGUUGCAGGUGGGCAUGGAGGGGCACAUCGUGGUACAGACCGCCCUGGAGGGACGCACUGCUGGAAAGGAGAAGUACUCCCUCCAUGUUUACUCUGUGAAUGGCUGUCUGCUGUCGUCUGUCAGCCUGGAUGAAGAGGUGACGGCUCUCUACCUGGUCCCAGAGUACAUCAUUCUGGGGACCCAGCAGGGAAACCUACACAUCAGACACCUGUACAGUCUGGCGCUGGCGGUGUCUCCCCUGCCGUUGAAGGUGGCUGUGAGGAGUGUGUCGGUGACCAGAGAGAGUAGCCACAUCCUGGUGGGCCUGCAGGAUGGAAAGCUCAUCGUGGUGGGGGCUGGGAAACCAGAGGAGGUACGCUCGGGUCAGUUUUCCCGUCGUCUGUGGGGCUCAACACGCCGAAUCUCUCAGGUUUCCUCAGGAGAGACAGAAUACAACCCCACUGAGACUUCUGGGAAGUGAGGGUCGCCAUGAAAACAUACGGAAGGCAAUAUUAUCGUAGCCUGUCAGGCUCACCCGAGGCUUGGUUGAUGGCCGACACCCAAAUGGCAUCCUAUUCCUAUAUAGUGCCUAUUGGGUUCUGGUCAAGGACAGCAGUAUAUAGGGAACAGGGUGCCAUUUGGGACACAGACAUUUUUCUACCCACCAGCAGUGGAUUUGCUGGAUCAGAAUGAAGGGAGUAGAGACCCUGGAUGUUGGUGUCAGAAAGCCCACCCAGAACUUUACUGGACUGAUUGACUGCUAAACGGCCUCUCCAAACCUCUCUGGGUUCAAGCCUCUUUGGGUUCAAGCCUCUCUGGGUUCAAGCCUCUAUGGGUCCAAACCUCUAUGGGUUCAAACCUCUAUGGGUUCAAGCCUCUAUGGGUUCAAGCCUCUAUGGGUCCAAACCUCUAUGGGUUCAAGCCUCUAUGGGUUCAAGCCUCUAUGGGUUCAAGCCUCUAUGGGUCCAAACCUCUAUGGGUUCAAACCUCUAUGGGUUCAAGCCUCUAUGGGUCCAAACCUCUAUGGGUUCAAGCCUCUAUGGGUCCAAGCCUCUAUGGGUCCAAGCCUCUAUGGGUCCAAACCUCUAUGGGUCCAAACCUCUAUGGGUCCAAACCUCUAUGGGUCCAAACCUCUAUGGGUCCAAACCUCUAUGGGUUCAAGCCUCUAUGGGUUCAAGCACUCUGAGAGAGACACGAUAAACAAAGGCUUUUUUUUUCUACUAAAGGGAAAAUAAAAUAUUUUUUGAUUUAGGUGGUUUUAUACUCUAUUUUUAAAAAGGCAUCAUUCCAAAGAUGACUCGUGUUUUGUAGACAAGAAAGGAGACUCUGUUUUAUGUGACUCCCAACCCCUUUUACUGGGUUGUUCCGAGGCCAGUUGUGUGGCAAUGGCACCUUGUCUAAAACUCCUUGAAACUUGAAAACGAUAAAACGUUGCAAGAGAUUUCCAUGGUGAAGUACCAGUGUAGACCACUAGGGGGUGGGAUUUCUCUCUCUACAUGUGUGCAAUCCUGCUGAAAAUAAAAGGCAAUAACCCGGUUGGAGUGGUCCAGACGGUAUGUGCGGUUUGUAUUGUCACAUGAUGGAUGGUGAUGUUCACAACAAAUGAACCACUGUUGCCUUAAAUAGGAGAGAAGAGAUGUUGUAUGACUUGUACGGUAUAUAACAUCUGUAUGUGCAGCUCACAUAUUACUGCUUUAUAGAGGUCUGGUUUGAUUGGUUGUGUGUUCCUGAUGUGUUGCAUUAAUUGAUGACUCAUGUAGUUUGUCUGUGUCUUCAUCUUCACUCUUUACACAGAUACUAUUUUCCAGCAGAGACCUUACUGUCGCUGUUGUUGCUGUUUCAAACUAGUUGGAACUGAAAAGUGCCCGUCAUCUUUUCCUCCAGCACUGAUUGGCUGGAGAUGAGAUGAUCCCCCCUCCUUCUUUUUUUCGGUCUCUCAUCUGCCUGCCAUCUUUCCCUCCCUCCCUCCUGCUCUGUCCAUCACUUUUUCUUCUGUAGCAGGCCGGUGUUUCACAGUAGCUCCAGUCUUCGUAAGGACCUGCGUGUCCUCGGCAACCAAAUCUGCAUCACUUGUAACUAGCGGUCAUAUUGUUGGUAAACUGUUAGACAGACAGCUGUGAAAGGGUCCUCAUCCAUCAGGGACAUUUCACCUUUUAUACUGCUGAUAUCUUGUUCUUUUCUGAAGCACUGAGUUGAACCCUUUUGAACUAGAGAUGGCUUGUGUCCCAAAUGGCACCCUUUCCCCUAUUAUAGUGCACUACUUUUUGCUCAGGGCUCCGGUCCAAAGCACUGCACUAUAUAGGGAAUAGGGUGCGAUUUGAGAGGCAGUCGUGGUGUCUGUAGAACACAUGGGUGGAAAGAUAGGCUUGGGCUCCCAACGAGCCAGUAGAGGAAUGUACUUCCUGUGAAAACCCCCUUUUUCCUGCGGUUGGGUUGGAGAGAGACUGUUGUUGUGCACUGUCAUGUUGGGAUGGAAGAGACGCAAAGGGAGCGUUCCAAAUAGCGCCAUGUGUAGUGCACUACUUUUGACCAGGGCCCCAUAUAUGGUGGCAUUUGGGACUCAGUCACAAAGACAAAAAGGGAACUGUUGGGGAAAUGCAAUGGCAACAAAAUCGUGUCCACCAGCUACCGUCUCCAGUCUCUACUAACAGGCUGCAAUCUGGGAUUGGAUGGAGAGUGACUUUUAGAGACAAAGAGAGAAUAUUGCUGUAAUCUUUUCCACCAUUCCGACUCUCUCAGUAGCACUUGAGUCUGGGAACGAGGUUAAUAUGACUGUAACUUUGAUGGUUGUUUUACUGCGUGUCGCUAUACUAUGUGUGUUUAAAAGGUCAAGGGUCACAAUAUAUGGUAAUGCAUUAUUACAUGUCUGUGUUAAUGAUCUGGCUGUGAUGUUGACAGAAUGUCUGGGUUUUAUUGAAAAAGGUGGGUCUGAAAUGCCUGCAGAAAUUA